AUGGAGACACAGAGAACAUCUGCAUCCACAGUAGUUCUUACAGAUUCACCCAGAUUUCGCUACACCAGACCCGGGACUUUUCUUACGGAGUCUCAAAGACAGUUGUAUGAAGACAAUGGUUUUCUUGUCAUCAAAAGUCUUGUGCCCCACCACAAGCUUGAUAUGUACAGAGAUCGUUUUGAGAAAAUCUGCCGUAAGGAGAUAACGGUACGAGGACUAUCCAUUAUGAGGGACAUCGCCAUCUCAAACUCAGAAUUCGUAGCUGGAGAGAAGGCCAUCACAAAAAUACAAGACUUCCAUAAUGACAAAGUUCUGUUUGACUAUUGUGCCAUUCCUGAGGUAGUGGAUUAUGUGAAAGCAAUUAUUGGAGAUAAAGUCAAUGCGAUCCACACGAUGCUUAUUAACAAACCACCAGAUCCGGGCAGGAAAACCUCCCGUCAUCCUCUGCAUCAGGAUCUCCACUACUUUCCCUUCAGACCAGCAGACAAAAUCUGUUGUUCAUGGACCGCUAUGGAAACUGUGAAUCGUGAAAAUGGUUGUCUUGUUGUACUUCCGGGAUCACACAAAGGCGGGAAACUUCUGCAGCAUGAAUAUCCUCAGUGGGAGGGAGGUGUGAAUAUUUUGUAUCACGGCGUGCGAGAUUUCGAUCCCACCCACCCUCGUACUCAUCUUAUUAUGGAGCCCGGGGACACCGUCUUCUUCCACCCGCUUCUGAUUCACGGAUCUGGAAUGAACAGAACAAAAGGAUUCAGAAAAUCCAUAUCUUGUCACUAUGCGUCGGCAGAUUGUGAAUACAUUGAUGUAAAGGGAUCAGAGCAAGAGAUGAUGGCAGAUGAAAUUGUUGACAUGGUGCUGAAAAAACACAAGAUAACUGAUUGAUCCAAAAUUACCUUUGAGGACAUCUGGCGCUUUAAGUUGAAGCCUGUGAAAGGAACUACGGACUAAUUCUCAUCAAAAGGCACAGUUAUAUGUAGUUAGAAAAUCCCUGCAAUCAUUGGACUCCUCAUGAUGAUGAUAAACAUUUGAUGUGGAUGAGAUUA